CUCUGACUCAAAAAUAUCAAAUUAUAUACGUCCCUUAAAAUCAUCUAUACAAUUAGUAAUAGAAAAAAGUGAAGCUUGAAAAAAAAAGUUGUCUUUCUAUUUCUCUAGCAACCCAUACGUUCUUUUUGCAACACUCAUUUGCAAAUAUGACUCCCGAAGAGUCAAUCGCCUUGAUCAAGGCCAACUUGACCGAAGUACUCAAUCCCGAAAUCAUCGACGAUGUUAUCCUCAACCAGAAACGUGACCUCAAAGUCUACUGGGGAACGGCGACAACAGGACGACCUCACUGCGGUUACUUCGUAUCGAUGACCAAGGUCGCAGAACUCCUUCACGCCGGUUGCCAUGUCAAGAUCCUCCUCGCCGACCUACACGCCUACCUCGACAACAUGAAAGCCCCGUUGGAGUUGAUCGAGCAAAGACUCAAGUACUACGAAUUCAUCGUCAAGAGCUUGCUAAAGGCUGUCGGUGUCGACAUUACAAAACUUGAGUUCAUCAAGGGGAGCUCGUACCAGAAGAGCGAGAACUACACAAUGGAUCGAUUCAAGUUGGAAGGGAUGACAAGAAUAUCCGUUGCACAAAAAGCGGGUGCCGAAGUCGUCAAGCAGACUGUUGACCCGUUCCUUGGCGGUUUGACCUACCCAUUGAUGCAAGCGCUAGACGAAGAGUACCUUGACGUCGAUGCGCAACUUGGUGGUCUUGAUCAGCGCAAGAUCUUCACAUUCGCGUUAGAGAAUCUGCCGAAGAUCGGAUACAAAGUCAGAGCCCACCUGAUGCACUCGAUGGUGCCAGGUCUAGGUGAGGCGCAGAAGAUGAGCUCUAGCGAGCCGGAUUCCAAGAUCGAUCUGUUGGAUUCGGCCGAAGUCGUCGGCAAGAAGUUAAAGAAGGCCGUGUGCGUGCCGAAGAAGAUCGAGGGUAAUGGCGUCGUGGCAUUCGUGGAGAGUGUCAUUUUUCGGGUGGUGUCUAUAAAAACGGGUGGCAAGCCUCACUUUGUGGUUGAAAGACGAGAUGAGGAGCCCAUUAUCUACGAUGACAUCGAGAAAUUGAAGGCGGAUUACGAAGCAGAUAUACUCACACCCCAGCUGCUAAAGGCUGCUUUAACAAAAGCGCUCAACGAGCUCCUAGACCCUAUUCGUGACGACUUCAAUUCAUCGGAGGAAUGGCAGAAGAUCGCAGAACUGGCCUACCCGGCAGAGGAGAAGCAGCAGAAGGUAAAGAAGCAGAAGGAUAAGGGUGAUCCGGCUAAGCGUGCGGCUGCGCUUGCUGCGAAAGCAGAGCAGUUAAAAUUGAAGGACGGCGAGUAAAUGAUUUAAAAUAAAGUGAAUAUUCAAUAGAUACCUCUUGACAGCAAAUAUAGUGCACACGGCGUCGUGCAUAUUUUGAUAGAGCUGACGA